AUGGCCUCCCUCCCAGACCCGGGCGACUUCUCUCGGUUCGCCGACUUCACUAUCCUGACAACCACAUACAAGAUCGUGACAGACAACCCCAUCAAGACCGAUGUUCUGAUCCCCAAACACCUAACCUCCUCUUCCCCGCCAGCGACCACCAAGUCAUGCCCCGUGAUCCUCCGCUACCACGGUGGCGGUUUCAUCGCCGCUUCGAGCCUGUACCCGGGCUUCUUCCAGCCAUGGCACAUGGAGCUCGCGGCGCGCCACAAUGCCGUGAUUGUCACACCAAACUACCGCCUCGUGCCGGAGGCGUCUAUAGACGAGUUACUGGAGGACAUCGAGGACCACUGGACGUGGGUGCAACGCGAGUUGCCGGCCUUCGUGGAGAAGGAGACCAGCGGUCAGGUGAAGGUCGACACGGGACGGAUCCUGGCCGCCGGCGACUCCGCGGGCGGCUAUCUCAGUAUCAUGGCGGGCCUAUCGCACGCUGACAAGAUCCGGGCGGUGACGGCCGCGUACCCGUGCAUCGACAUCGCGGACGAGCACUUCAUGAAGGGCCCCGCGGGGCCGACGCUCGGGUUCACGCUGCCGCGGGCCGUGGUGGACGAGCACUACGACAAGAUGCGCAAGGGCGAGCUUCCCGCCAUCAUCUCGGAGGACCCGCGGCUGGAGAGAGGCACGUUGAUGCUUGCCGCCAUUCAGUACGGUGUCUUUUCCAAGCUGUUUCCUCUCGAGAAGCGGCACCUGUUCCCGCUGGAGAGGCUCAGGGACGGGGCUCGGUUCCCAAGGGGCGGGGUAUUUGUUUGGCAGGGCGAGCAGGACAGCGUGGUGCCUGCGAAAGGUAAUGUGAAGUUUGGGGAGGUUGUGAGGGAGUUAGAUCCGGAGUUGGAGUUCCGGCUGGAGGUGAGAGAGGGGGAGCAUGGGUUCGAUCAUAAUGCGAAGAUCGACGAUGGGUGGAUGAAGGACGGGCUUAGCGGACUGCUGAAGGCUUGGUUGGAGUGA